GGACUGCAGGAAAUCCCCUUCCUGGUUCCGCUGCUGAUGUACGCUGAAGUGAAGGAGGUGACAUGGUGCUCUCCGUCCCAGCCGCUGCUGUUACUCUCCUGGUAGUCUGGAUUUACCCCAGCUACGCGCUGUAUUUCCAUAUCGGAGAGACAGAGAAAAAGUGCUUCAUUGAGGAAAUUCCCGACGAGACCAUGGUCAUCGGAAAGUACCGGACUCAGCUGUGGGACAAACAGACCGGCUCCUUCCUCCCAUCCACUCCGGGCCUUGGGAUGCAUGUGGAGAUCAAGGAUCCAGACACAAAGAUCAUCCUCUCUCGUCAGUACGGCUCCGACGGACGCUUCACGUUCACCUCUCACACUCCUGGAGAGCAUCAAAUCUGUUUGCACUCAAACUCAACAAAGAUGGCUCUGUUUGCCGGAGGAAAGCUGAGAGUCCAUCUGGAGAUCCAGGUCGGAGAACACACCAACAACUACCCUGAAAUCGCAGCAAAGGACAAACUGACGGAGCUGCAGCUGCGAGUGCGCCAGCUGCUGGACCAGGUGGAGCAGAUCCAGAAGGAGCAGAACUACCAGCGGUACCGGGAGGAGAGGUUCCGCAUGACGAGCGAGAGCACCAACCAGCGCGUCCUCUGGUGGUCCAUUGCUCAGACGUUCAUCCUCAUCGUCACUGGAAUCUGGCAGAUGAGGCACCUGAAAAGUUUCUUUGAGGCCAAGAAACUGGUUUAACAUCUUCUGGGAGACGAGAUAAACACGGUGGACUAAACAGACGACUGAUGCAUCUAGGAGCUGAUCCGGUUAUCAGCCAGGAGUGGUACCGCUUAACCCACACAGCAGCCCUGGGAAACCUUUAGUUUUUACUUGUAAAUGUUUAGAAACACCAUUUCAGCUACAUUUCCACUUGUUAGAUUUUUGGGCCACACUAGAUGUUUAUUAUGUGGUUUUUACACUAAAGAAUUUCUGUCAAAGAAAGGAAAAAGUUCAAACUGUUACAAGAAAUAACUUAAUAUUCAACUUUAUUUUUCCCCCCUUUUUUAAACCUGUAUUCAGCUGCAUUCCUCCCGAUUUCAAAUGUAUCCAAAUAUAAUCUCGGUACACAGGCUGCUGUUGUCAUGGUUGGUUUGACAUGACUACCAGUGGUCCUCAGUUCCUGUCCUCCAGGGCCCCUUUCCUGCAGCUUUGAUUGGUUACUCUGCUUCAGCACAUCUGAGUCACAUAAUCUGCUCAUCAGCAGGACUCUGGAGAACCUGACUGCAGACUGAGGAGGUAAGGGAUUCAGGUGAGAUGGACCAGGUACAUGUGUUAAAGCUGCGGGACACUGGACCUCCAGGACCGCCGGAAUUGAGGACCACUGGACUAGACGUCUUUUCCCUGUUAAUGUAUGAAGCAGCAAAUAUUCCUUUGAAUUAAGACAUUAAAGCUUCCCUUGUUUGAUUUGUAAAGAAUUGUAUCUCAACAUGAAACCUUUGUAAAGCCUCCUUAAGAUAACCGGUCCACUAUAAACACAGACCCAGUCAGUGCGCUGCUCUCUGAUCAUUUGGUGGCUGAGCUGCGGAGCCGUGUGAGCUUUGGGAGCACGGGGCACGGAUUGUGGAGCCAAAGGAGCACCGUCUGCAGCCGACAGUAUUCACCUGAGCCGCGUGUGAGUCCUUCCCCUUAGAUCUGGCCCAGCUUUGUGUUGUCGUCCUCAUGCAGGCUAUCCAAAUGCAUUCGCUGACUUGUACACCGUCCUCAGCAUGUUCUCUGCUCCACCAUCUGUUCAUCAUCCUGUCACAGACUCAAUGGUCCCGGAGGAUCGUCCGUCCCUGAUAUGUGUGCAUACCCAGACUGUUCUGGAGCUGUGUGUGCAUGUCAAAUCGCUAUUACACACUUUCUUUGCAAUCCUGUCUUAUAUGUAUGGUUGCUAGUGGUUAGCGGUGUGUAUUUUAAAAAAAAAUCAUAAUAAAUGAACACCAAGCAAUAGCCCCUAACGACCCUGGAGAGUGACGGGUGGGACAUUGAUUUACAUCUGACUUGUCCUUUAGAACAGCACCGCUCCAGGACUGACGGAGUCCUGGAUUUGUGCCGAAUGUUUUUGAAAAAACUAAUUAGUGAAGGUCCGCUUGCCUCCGAUUUAAUCCUGUUUGCUGUUACUUAGAUUUACGACGAUUAGAGCCUCUAAAUCUAGCGGGGUAAGUGUGAAUCUGUAAUGCAGGGGACCUGGGUUUGAGUCUCAGUUGCAUCAAGAA